AUGGAAGCCGUCGUUGCCCACUUCUUCGUGACACCAAAACUGUACGACCUCGACAAGACCCUUCUCCCCGCCGUUGAGCCGCUUCUUGGAUAUCUAGGAAGCCGCUUCGACGAGAAAACCUGGUUUGUGAAACUGUACUGGGGGUGCCUGGACGCUCUGGAGAGCCGCUGUGUGAAGCCCCCCCAGCUCGACGUCUGGGUACUCCCCACCGCGAGCGCCUGUGGCUGUGGAGGCUGCAAGCAGCUAGUUCAAUUCUGCAUGGAUCCGUUCCGAGUGGAACUUCAGCUGCCGUGCCCGGGCCGCGACGCUAAGGAGCACCUCAUCGACUCCGUCCGAAGGAACCAAAUGCCCUUCGUCAUAAGCAAUGAGGAGGGGGCGCUUGAGAACGAAUAUGAACCGCUAUUCUGCAUCAAGACGGGUGCCGAGGAAGAUUUUGAUCAGAGAAGUGUGGACCGGCAUUCAAAAUUACAGGAGGAGUACGACCGUAACAUGAGCACUAUAGAGGACAUGAGAGCUUGGAUUGCGGAGAGAUGUGGGUUGGUAAGCGCGUUGAUCGACAGUCUAGAUGAGGAGCAGGACAGCUGGUACACUCCAGGAUACUGGACUGACUAA